UGUAGUGAAGAAAAUUGCUAAUAUGAAGUGCCGAGUAAAGUCAAAAAGUGACAAAAAUAAAACGGGAAACCAAAAAAUUUAUUUAAAAAAAUGGGAACAUGAAUUAUUUGAAUUACUUUCUGCUGAAUCGAAUCCAGCUAUCGGAAAAGUUACCAGCAAUUUUUCGGUAGGCGUUAAUGCUAAUGAGAGUUCCAGCAGCAACUUAGAGAGUGCAGUGGGCAUUAAUAAUGACAGCUCCACCAGCAGCGCGGCAGUACAGAACACACCCGUAGAUAUCCCAUCUGUGCCACAACAACAAACAUCAAAAAGAAAGCUAAAUGAUAACGAACAUGAUAUUCGGCCGGUAACUCUUGGUUAGGCUAAGGAGCAUAGA